ACAACCCUUUUAAGCUGCACAACCAAAUGGAUCGCGAUCUUUAAAAUUUUAGUGUGCGCAUGGAGUUUCACCAAUCCUAUCGGCGGCGACAACACCACCCGCAUUUUUCGCCCUAAAGUCUGUCUGUCCUCUGCACACCAGUGGUCCAGGGAGUGCAAACAGGAUGGCGUCAAUGAGCCCCAUCAACGAGAAUGGGCCAGCAACGCCCCCUCUCGCCCCGCCAUCCAAGGACCAGUCGGUGGACUCGAGGAUGAGCAACGGGAACGGCACGACGAAAAAGGAAAAGAGACGCUCAAAGCCACUGGGGGCCAUCGCGAGCCUCUUUGGUGGCGGGUCACACAAAAAGGAUAGGGGAAGGACGAGCAGCGGCGACGAGGGCCUCAACAGCCCCAGACGCAGCGGAAGCAUGCAGAGGAGCGUAGAAAAGCAAGCAGAAAAGGGCGAAAAGGCAAUGCUUGCGGCUAAAUUUGAGCAGGGCGUCAAGCUGCAGCGGCUCCAGUCCGACCUCCGCGCCCAGCAGAUCGAGACGGGCGAGCAGCGGUCCCACUAUGGUGUCCUUCCCAGCAACCUCGCUCUCAAAAAGGCUCUCGACGCGUCUGAGCCUCAUCCGACGAAGGGAGUGGAUGAGCAAGGUGGCGAUGGGGAGGAGGGGGAACAACCAGCGCCCGGUCCCAUUGCCAACGCAGCUGCUUCCCACGCCACCGUGAAGAAGGCAUCCGAGGCAGGCUACAGCCCCCUGUCGACGCUCACCGUCGACGAUGUGGGCCAGGAGAAGUUUUACCGGUUGCGCUUGCACGACAAGCGCACCCUCGGCUCCAAGCUCGUCUUUCUCAUCCUGCGCGACAAGAUCUUUACAUUGCAGGCCGUGCUGCAUGCAGACGAAAACGACGUGACGAGGCACAUGGUCCGGUGGGCCGCCCACCAGAUUCCCCUCGAGUCCAUCGUCGUGGUGCGAGGGAGGCUGCAGAAGCCUCAGGAGCCACUGCGGUCGACGUCCUUUGCCGAUCUCGAGCUCAAAGUGACGGAGCUCUUUGUCCAGAUGGAGCCCAAAGACAAGCCAGCAUUCCACCUGCCCAACCAGCACCCACCACCAUCAAGCACGCCUGCCAACGGUGGCCUCAUCAAGUCGCCACGCGCCAGUAUGGUUUCGCCCGAUGGGUCCGGAAGCGAACGCAGCUCGUUGGAUGUUCCCGUUCCUACCACGGGACCCGUGGGAGAAGCUCUGCCCGUCAUCCAGCAUCUCAAGGCGGCCGAUCCGUCGACGGCGAGCUCGACAGACAGCAGUGCCGUCGAGGUGCCUGGUCCCGGUCCACCAGUGCCCUCGCUCGCGCUGCGCAUGGCCAACCGUGUGCUCGACCUGCGCUCGCCCUCGUCGCAGGCAAUCUUCCGCAUCAACUCGGCCGUCUGCCUGGCCUUCCGCAGCUUCCUGGGCAAGCAGGGCUUCGUCGAGAUCCACACGCCCAAGCUUCUCGGCGGCGCCUCCGAGAGCGGCGCAAGCGUGUUCGGGGUCAAUUACUUUGGCCGGCCGGCCUUCCUGGCGCAGAGCCCGCAACUGUACAAGCAGAUGUGCGUCUGCGCCGGCUUUGGCCGCGUCUUUGAAAUCGGGCCCGUGUUUCGAGCAGAAAACUCCAAUACCCAUCGCCACCUCACCGAAUUCACGGGGCUGGACCUCGAGAUGGAGAUCGGCGACGACUACCAUGAGGCCAUGCACCUCAUCGACGACAUGCUCAAGACCAUCUUUGGCAUCAUCACAAACGACCAUGCUCGGGAGCUCGACGCGCUGCGCAACGAGUACGGCUACCAGGACUUUGUCUGGCUCGACGAGACGCCAGUGCUGCAGUUCCCCGAUGGCAUCAAGAUGCUCGUUGACUCGGGCUACGUCGAGGAGAACGGCGAUGUGCCGACGGUAGACGAGGACCUGAGCACGCGUGCCGAGAUCAGGCUGGGCCGUCUGGUCAAGGAAAAGUAUGGGACCGACUUCUACAUCCUUGACAAAUUCCCUGCAGGCGUUCGGCCGUUCUACACGAUGCCUGAUCCCAUCAGAAAAGGCGCCAGCAAUUCCUUUGAUAUUUUUGUCAGGGGCCAGGAGAUCAUCUCGGGUGGCCAGCGCAUCCACGAUGCCGACAUGCUCGGGGACAACAUUCGCAGAGCAGGCGUCGAGAUGAAGGGCCUCGAGGAGUACGUCAGCGCAUUCAGGCUGGCCGCGCCCCCGCACGCCGGCUGUGGUAUUGGUCUGGAGCGCUUUGUCAUGCUGUUCCUCGGGCUGCCCGACAUCCGAAACGCAUCGCUGUACCCGCGCGACCCAAAAAGCAUGCGACCUUCGAACAACGACGAGCUCCGACACCCCGAUGCGAGCACCAACCCGCCGCCAUGGAAGAAGCGCGGCCAGUCGACGGUGGCGUCGAGCGAGGCGGACCUGCAGCCGCUCGAGAAGCUCAUUGCCAACUACGGCGACACGUCCAACACCUCCUGGCUCGACGCCCGCUUCACAAAGUGGCGCCACGCCGAGACGGGCGCGGCCAUUGGCUACGUCAAGAUGCAGAACGAUACCUGCGUCAUCGUCGGCGACCCCCUCUGCGAUCUGCACCAGUUUCCGCGCGUCGUCAAGGCCUUCAUCGACGAGGUCGUCCGCAAGGAGAAGCUGCAUCCGGUCUGGCUCCUCAUCUCCGACGACCUCGAAAAGGUGCUGGGCGAGACGCUGCACUGGCGCUCCCUCACCUGCGUCGCCGAGUCGCGCAUCCCCACGGCCGAGCGGCGGUCCAGCCCGGCGAGCAACGAGAUGGAGCGCAAGAUCCGCCAGGCCAAGAACAGUGGUCUUUCCAUCCAGACCUUUGGCAUGACCGACGAGGUGCCGGCAGACGUCAAGGCCGAUGUGGACGCAGAGAUCAAGAAGUGGCUCGACAACCGUAAGGGCAAGCAGGUCCACCUCACCGAGGUGACGCCCUGGCGCGACGAGGCGCAUCGCGCCUACUACAUCGUCAGGGAUGCCGAGGAAAAGGUGUGCGCGCUCGUCAUAAUGUGCCAGCUGUCGGCGAACCAUGGUCUACAGAUCAAGUGGGCCCUCGACUUCCCUGGCGCACCCUCUGGCGCCAUCGAGUAUGCCAUCUCGACGGCCGUCGGGGCCACGCCCAACGUGCCCCACUCCUUUGGCGCCUCGGCCACGUCGCACCUCUCCAUGUCGCGCUCGGGCAAGGGCUUGGGCAACAAGGCGCUCGCAGCGACGUACGAGGGCUUUGUCAAAUCGCUCCACCUCCUCAACAAGGGCGACUUCCGCAAGAAGUUUGGCGCAGUCGAAGAGCCGCUCUACAUUGCAUACCACAACAACAUGAGCCCACGCAAGAUCAAGGCAAUCAUUGACUUCUUUGGCUACAACGACUAGGCGUGACGCCUCCCACCACCACUCUCGAUCCUUUGCUCAGUCUUACGAACCUCUCUCUCUCGCUCUCGUUCUCUCUCACAGACAAGUAGAAGAAUACCCUGAGAUACACCAAACAUCUCUUCUUUUCCCUUCAUACACGCCUCGCUCACACUCUUGUCAUCUCUCUAUUAUACACGCAAUGCUAUCUUCUAGAUCACUGGA